UAAUGAGACUGCGCUUGUUUAUGUUUCCUCACUGCUGUAACAACCUUCUGCUUCAUCCUGGGACAGGAAAUAAUCAGUGAGUAAACAUGGGAAGAGGAGAGAUCAUCGUUCUUUUUCUGUCUUUAUUAUUUACUCAAAACAACAGUGCAAAGGAGGGUUCCAGUGAGAACCAACUUGUUUUUGGUGCAGAUACAACAGAAAUUCCACGCGAUCUGAGAGCAGGUGUGACAGAGAUUUUCUUUGUGGAAAGCAACAUCAAAACAAUCCCCAAAGAUGCCUUUGUUGGAAACUCCCAGCUUGAGAAGGUGGAAUUCCUGAACACUAAAACAGAAUAUAUUGAACCAGGUGCCUUUGAAGGUCUGGUAAACGUCAAGCAUAUUGAGAUCUCCAGCAAUCCAUUAACUUCAAUACCAGUGGGGGUCUUUAAAGACCUCAGCAACCUGGAGAAACUUCUACUAAAGCUCAACAACCUCCGUAAUCUUGAAAAUGGCAUGUUUGAGGACCUUAAAAAAUUAAGGGAGCUCCAGUUACAUGGGAACGAGAUUGACUCAAUUGAAGAUGGGACUUUUGAUGGUCUUGAGAAUCUUACUCUCCUCCAUUUAGCUAAAAACAAUCUCUCAGCUGUAUCCGUUGAUUUGUUCUCAAACCUAAACAAACUGGCAAUACUACGGCUUUACGAAAAUCAACUGACCUCCAUUCCUGAGGACAUUUUUCAUAAUUUGCCAAACUUGAAGGAAAUUGCCUUGCAUACGAACAAAAUAACAGAAUUAUCACCAAAUCAAUUCCCACAUAAAGACAAACUGACUAAGCUGCUUUUGGACAAUAACCUUCUGACUGGUUUACCUCCAGAAUUUUUUGUUGGCUUCCCACAGCUUAAAUCGCUGACCCUACAUAGGAAUGAACUGAGUAGUCUACCACCAGUGCUUUUUGGAGAAAUGCCUAAAUUGACUGACCUUAGCCUUAGUCAAAACAGUCUUAGCAUUCUUCCUGAGGGAAUAUUCAGCCCUCUGAAGAAACUGAAGAAGCUAGAUCUGUCUAAUAAUCACUUAGUCACUUUGUCUGCCGAGCACUUUGAGGGCCCUGAGAAGCUCCUAGUGCUGAAUCUCCGGAACAACACGAUAAAGUCACUGGAUGCAGAUGUGUUUGAAAAGCUACAAUCACUGACGACACUCGAUCUACGUCACAACGACCUCCAGACACUUCCUGGAGAUAUUUUUGAGCCAUUAGGGAAACUCAGAAAGCUUUACCUCAGUGACAACCCUUGGCGCUGUGACUGUAAUCUGAUAGAUUUUUACCUCUGGAUAAAGGCAAACUCACCCAAGAUUGAAUUAAAAUAUCCUGUGUUUUGUGAGUAUCCAGAUGAUCUAAAAGGACAGGAAAUCAAAUCAUUAACAGAGGAUCAAUUUAUUUGCCCCACCAUUCCUGCACACUUGUGCUGGUGAAGUUCACUCCUUGUCUUUACCACCUGCUGCAGCGCCGAGAGAGGAUGUACAAUAGGGUCAAGCUCACCUGCUUCUACUACAGGAGAGAGGUAGUCCUUAGGCCUCUAUGAGAGACCUGAAGACUUUUUUUUAAAUACUUUAUUUACAGUUUACAAUUUUACAAUGACAAAACAUAUUGAGAGGAUGUACAAAACAAUACAAAGAAAAUACAACACCAAUUGGGACACGAACUGGACAAAACAAAAAAGGCUGCCAGACAGUUUACAAGAUUACAUAGUCUUGCAAAAAUGUUGUCAGUGUAGGAUAAGCGAUUAACAUGAAGACACAUAUGACAUGGUACAGUACAAAUGGGAGAGGCAGAAAGGACCAGACAGUAACCCAUGAAAACAAUAACAUGAGAAAUAAAUCAAUAAAAAUACAAAUUUAAAUAGAUUUCGGCUUAAUAAUAGAUAUAAGUAGGGUUUAUGUAUGUGUGCAUGCACGUGUGUGUGUCUGUGUGCGUGUUAAUGUGGGUAGGCGCUGUGUGUGUUAGUGUGUAAGGACAUAGAGGGAAGGAAGGAGAAGAAAGAAGUCAAAAAAAAAAAGUUGCUUGUUGCGGGGAUCUCUGGAUGGGUGCCAGGGUGGAACCAGGAUGAGUUAGGACAGAGGUUUAUAUUUCCUCUUGCCCUCUACACACCUGUCCACCUUAUUUUAUAAUUAGUUUUGUUAUCUUUCCGUACUCCCCUUUCUCUCCUCCCCUCCCUUCUUUUCUCUCAUUGCUCUCUCCUGCUUAAGGCCGCCCCCAGACCCAUAGGAGGUUGCUGGUCUGUUGCAGGUCAGAUGCCCUCUAGAACGGCCCCCACCCCUACAGGAGGGGUCUGUUCAUUUGGGUCUGAGGAGCAACUUUCUUUUUGAUGGGGGGUUUGAUGGGGAAUAGGCCCUAGACACCAGGCUGUCUAAACUAGCCAGGACUCCCGAGCCACCAUAGCCACCUGAGCCCAGUAAGAUGGUCUCAUUCUGCAGAGUCAUUGUUAGUUUGGGGAAAUGACACUUAAGAAAAGACAGAUAAAUGAGUGUGCAAACCAGUUAAUAAAUAAAAUAAGUAAAUAAAUAAGUGAGAAAAAAUUAUGAAUGAAUAAAGGAAGAUAAAGAAAUUAUUAAAAGAAAAAAAAAACACAGUAGGCAUAUAGUUGAGUAAAUGGAUUGUUAAGUGUAGUGUAGUAGUUUUUAACCUGAAAGUGUAAAUGUCUCUGUGUUGUUGUGUGUGUUUUCUGUCAGUGAGUGAACAUAUUUUUUUCCCUUUCUUC